AUGGUCUGCCAUACGGCACCGUGGUGCGGCGGCAAACGCAACUGCACAGAAGACCCGGACAAGUUCGCGAUACUCCAGGUGAUUGACGCGUGUCCGCCAGGGCAGUUCUCUUGCCGAACAACUAUCGAGGGCCCGGAGGCGUGUCUGCAGAUGACAUUCAAGUGUGACGGUCAGACGCAAUGCAUCGAUGGCUACGACGAGGCAGACUGCGAAAAGAGCAUCUGCGAAGACGAUGAGAUUCGCUGUCGGGGUAAUGACGGGCGCUGCGUUUUCAAGCGGUACAUAUGCGACGGCAAGCGUGACUGCCGAGACGGAUGGGAUGAGAGUGAGACGUUAUGCUUCCUGUACAAGCACUGCCCUCGCGGCCAGCUGCCCUGCUCCUCGCAGAACGACAGCAUUAUCUGCGUCGACGAAGCGCUAAGGUGCGAGGAACCCGCGCAGUGCAAGAACGGAAGCAGGGAUAGCCGCCUCUGCGACGAUCUCGCGUCCCAGUGGCUGGGAAGCUUCUUCCACUGCGCUAACGCCAACCUUCGCCUGCCUCCAUUUUCACGGUAG